AUGCUCGGUCUGGUCAGGCUACCUCCUGUGUUCGACGCUGACCAGAUACCUAAAGAUUUCCAGGAGGACGGUAUUAUAUCCGGGUACCGUCACCCUCGCAGCUCUGCCGUCGACUGCGUCCUCGGCCUUUUCCGGCUCACCAACGAGACUCUCAAUGUCUGGACGCACUUUUUACCCACCUGGUAUUUUCUAUGGAAGUUGCUGACGCUGCUCUACGCCCGUGACGUGUGGACCGAUGCGUACGCGUGGCCUCUGGUGGUCUACCUGUUCUCCUGCUGCGUGUAUCCUCUGGCGUCCAGCUGCGCUCACACGUUCAGCGCCAUGUCCACCUGCGCUCGCCACAUCUGCUUCUUUUUUGACUACGGAGCCCUCAGUUUCUACAGCCUAGGUUCGGCUAUCGCUUACUCUGCGUACGCUUUGCCCGAUGCCUGGGUGAACGGCUGGUUUCAAAGAUUUUACGUUCCUGUGGCUGUCGUCAACUCUGUGAUCUGUACGAGCGUGGCCUGCUACUCUAGAUUCCCUGAAACCAGAAGGCCCACGUUGAGCAAGGUGCUGCGCGUUUUUGCCUUUACCUACCCCUACCUGUUCGACAACAUUCCUCUUUUCUAUCGGAUCUUUCUGUGUGUCGGAGAUGGAUGCACUACGAACGAAGCCGACUCUCUUCACGUAAACCACACGUUCCUGGCCUUUCUCACCGGCUUUCUGUUCGCCACGCAUCUGCCCGAGAGGCUGGCACCCGGCCGGUUCGACUACGUAGGCCACAGCCACCAGCUGUUUCACGUCUGUGGGAUCUUGGGCACGGGCGGUCAGCUGCGUGCUUUACAGCUGGACAUGAAUCUGAGGCGGUCGUGGCUACAGGUUAACGCUCAGCCUAUUACCUUCGGCGGCACUCUGGGCGCUUCGGCGCUGGCCCUUAUUCUUAGCCUGGGCGUCAUCUCCAUCUUCAGUCAAUAUCUCGUGUUCAUCGAUACCGUACAUGCCCUGGGGAGCGGAGCCAAAAGCGAAUCCAGGCCAAAGAAGAAGAGGUGCUGCCACUGA